CCUUGCACUGUUCAUACAUACUCACUCACUCACACACAGACGGGCCGUUGUUUCCCAAGAUUUCCUUGCUGUGUUUUUUUUUACUCCACCCUGACUGUGAUGGUAAGAGGACGAACCCAUAGGGUGAGUGCAUUCCCACCGACGGUCACUGAAAUAGCAGCCCUGUGUCGGUUUUUCUACGCAUAGCUAGUACCACGAUUGAGCUGCUAGGAUUGUGGGAAAUCGAUGGUGGUCUUGGGCAGACGUGGGUCACAGUGUAGGGGAAUGUUGGUCUUCGGAAACACUCGACGUUGCGCUGUGGACCAGGGACGAGGACAGUCCGUGCAGGAUAUGAAAUAGACGUGCAGAGCUGCAGUCCGGCGGCAGGAUGAAGCUGAACGAGCGUAGCGUCGCCCACUACGCCACCUGCGACUCGCCGCCCGACAAGACGGGCUUCCUGUUCAAGAAGGGCGAGCGGAACACGGCGUACCACCGGCGCUGGUUCAUCCUGAAGGGCAACAUGCUCUUCUACUUCGAGGACCGGGAGAGCCGGGAGCCCAUCGGCGUCAUCGUGCUGGAGGGCUGCACCGUGGAGCUGUGCGAGUCGGCGGAGGAGUACGCCUUCGCCGUCCGCUUCGACUGCGCCCGCGCCCGCGUCUACAAGAUGGCGGCGGACAGCCAGGCGGCCAUGGAGUCGUGGGUGAAGGCGCUGUCUCGCGCCAGCUUCGACUACAUGCGGCUGGUGGUGCGCGAGCUGGAGCGGCAGCUGGAGGAGCUGCAGGACGGCGCGGGGGCGGGGCCUCUGCAGGGGCGGGGCAAGGCGGGCAGGAAGCAGCCGGGCGGGCGCGCCAAACCCCCCCACGCCCACGCCCAUGCCCCCGCGGCCUAGCGCGGCCCCCCCCAGACGGAGGAGGCGCAGCCGCCGCCGCCCCCACUGCCGGGGGGUGCGCGGGAGAACGGGGUGGCCUGGAGCAGGCCCGGGCCCCCGCCCAACGGCCGCGAGAGUCCCCCGGCCCCCCCCCUCUGGGACGGGAACGAGGGCAGCGACGGGGUCAGGCCGCCCCCCGUGCCCCCGCGCCGGAGGAGCGCGGAGGGUGGCUCCGCCUCCUCUCUGGAGAGCCCGGUCUCCCCGGACACCGUGUGCUUCGCCAAACUCCACAGGUGGUACGGGAGGGAGGUGGAGCUGCUCAGGAAGGAGUGGCAACAGAGCCAGUGAGGAUCAGAGACUCUUAUACACACACACACACACACACACACACGCCACCUCGCCCACACACACACACAUGCGCACGCACGCACUCGCACUCGCACACAC